UUUAGAAUCGGUACAGUUUUCUCUACUAUUUUGAUCCUUUCUGCAAUUCUCUCAUUUCUGAACUUGAAGAAUACAAAUGGAGGCCUGCAAUAUCUUCAGAGCUCUUAAGUCCUUCAGUCUCAGGAUCCCUCAUUCUCGUUCUGUUCGAUCUUCGUUUUCACUCCUCCCAAUUGCCAAAAUUCACACAGGAGGAGAAAGAUUGGUGAAGAAAGCAUAUGAUGGGUUGCUAUUAGACGCUGGGGGUACCCUUUUGCAGCUUCCAAAGCCAGUUGAACAGACUUAUGCUGAAAUUGGGAAAAAAUAUGGUCUUCAAACUACUCCAGCUGAAAUAAAGCAAGGUUUUAAAAGAGCUUUUUCUGCUCCAUGGCCUGAAAAACUGCGUUACCAGGGCGAUGCGAAGCCAUUUUGGAAACUUCUUGUUUCUGAGGCCACUGGGUACAACAAUGAUGAUUAUUUUGAAGAAGUUUAUGAGUACUAUGCCAAUGGUAAUGCAUGGCAUCUACCAGCUGGAGCCUAUGAGACAAUGUUGGUUCUGAAAGAUUCUGGAGUGAAACUGGCUGUCGUGUCAAAUUUUGACACUCGCUUGAGGAAGCUAUUGAAAGAUCUCAAUGUAUUAGAUCUAUUUGAUGCUGUCGCCAUAUCUUCAGAGGUUGGAUAUGAAAAACCAGAUGCACAUAUCUUUAAAUCUGCUCUAGAUCAGAUGUCUGUGGAAGCUAGAAGAGCAGUUCAUGUUGGAGAUGAUGAAAAGGCUGAUAAAGAAGGAGCUAAUGCUAUUGGGAUCGACUGCUGGUUAUGGGGCACUGAUGUGAAGACAUUUGCAGAUAUACAAAGUCGCUUGCUUCUCACAGAAACCUGACUUUCCAAGCAUGAAGCAGAGUUAGACCAUUUUUUGAUGAACCAGAAAUGAGAGUAAAAGACCAGAGUGAAUGAGUGUUAUUUAGCACUUAGUAGAGGUUCCCUGCUCCCUUGCCCUGAGUCCCACAUCGAUUAGUUAUAGUGUGUGUGAGUUCCACUUAAGUUCCAUGAGUGCAGCCAGAAGUCAGCAAUUGCCUUUUGGUUGUACUUGUGGGGUUAGCUUAGGUAUAGUUUGUGAAAAUUCUUGCUAAAAGAAAUGAGAGUAAAAGAAAAACCAAUCUUCAUUCAUCCUUGUCCUCCUCCUGACGCUGCAUGAAGCAAAUCUUGGUUCCACUCUCCUUUGUGUUGACAGGACUCGUGCACAUUACUACUCUAGUCUAGAUUCUUUCACCUUUAGAGUCCAAUGGUUUUACUUUGCCAGUGCUUUGCUUUAUAAACAAGUUGUCAAGCACAAGCUAGAUAGCUGUGCAGUUCUUUUAUUGUAAAGUUUUUAAAAGAUAUGUUAAGUAUGAGAAGUUAUUUCUUUGAUUAA